CCACACUUAAACAGGAAGUCAGACCCAAACUGUGUCAGCAUUCCAGCUUCAAGAGUUUAACAAGGUCCAUAGUCCAAAUAGUCCUCCAGAAUCAACAAAAAUGUAAGACGUCUUCACAUCAUCCAACUACACACAAUGAAUGGAUUCUUUUUCUUUAAUUUUUUUGUCUUCAACUGCAAAACCAAUGUUGAAUGGGGUUAUACAAACAUCUCGUAAAAUCUGACUAGUAUUUUCAGAAACAACGAAGCCUAGUUGGACAACGCUCGAAGGGGACAUAUAAACAGAUGUCUGUCAUCUACUAAAACAGACAAACAGAUCUUCAGAAUCUGCAUAAAGAGGAGCAUCAGAAGCUAGUUGGACACCAGAGUCUUCAGUGGAGUCUAAAUGUCAAAAAUGGACUUCAAGAGACUUGAGUUGUUCAACAAUAUCUUGCAAAGCUGCAUUGAAGACCCAUCCUGUAAUAACUCACAGUUAAUUUACAAUACAAGCCUCAACGGGCUGCAUCUCCCUGGUGACGGCUCAGCCUGGCUGCGAACAGUCAUCUCUGUGGUUUACUUCAUUGUUGCCAUUGCUGGAAUGUUGGGAAACCUGCUGGUGAUGUUCCUGCUGUAUUCCACUCACACCAUCACUACCGGCACCAUCAAUUUCUUUGUAUUCAACUUAGCUUUGGCUCACCUGCUUUUCUCCCUGGCCUUGCCAUUUUGGGCUGUAGAAAUCGCACUGGACUACAGCUGGCCCUUCAGUUUGGCCACAUGUAAGGCAGUGUCAUUACUCACUGGCCUAAAUGUUUAUGCUAGCUGUUUUUUCCUCACAGCGAUGAGUCUGACCAGGUACUACUACGUGGCAAAUGCCCUCAAACCGAACAGUACCGCGUGCAGUAGAUCUUGUGUUUCUCCAGUGGCCACAGCAUUUAUCUGGACCGGAGCACUUAUAGUUACAGUGCCUCGAGCUGUAUUUGCAGAUCUUAGCCAAGUGGGCAGCGGUAACGACACAGCAUGUCUGCUCCGUUUCCCAGAUGGUACAGCCUGGCUUGGAAUAAACCAACUCGUGCGAGUGUUGCUGGGGUUCCUGCUUCCCUACAGCAUUAUCGUCCUGUCUUACUUGCUCCUGGUCCGCUUUCUUUGUCGACAUAACCUGAAGGGCAGUAACUCUCGGCGAAAGGCCAAUAUUUCCAAGUCUGUUGCGGUGGUUGUGCUUUCAUUCUGUGCCUGUUGGUUCCCAUACAAUGUUCUCACCCUUUGGAGCGUCCUGAUCCAACUUGACAUCGUUGAAAUUAGUCCUUCUUUCUAUUUGGCUCAAACAUAUUUUUUCCCUUUGGCCAAUUGUUUGGCAUUCACGAGCAGUUGCCUCAACCCUGUCAUCUACUGCCUUGUUCGAAAAGAAUACCGUGCGGCGCUCCAUAAUGUGGUCUUCAAAUCAAGUCUGGCUAUCAUGUCCAAAAUCUCCCUCUAUGGAAGAUAUUCUGAUGAGGUACCGAGACAAGAUGGACAAAUAACUAUUCCACUCAACACCAUUAACAGCCAGACGGUUGAAACUGAAAUGAGGGGAUAUGCAAUACUGUCUACCCUCCCAGGACGAGUUUAAAACCUAUAAAAAGCAGUGGUGGGCACAGUUCAGCUAAUUAG